UCUUCCCAGCAUGGGCCCAGCUGUUCCCACUGUGAUCCCAGUAUGAUCCCAAUGUCUUCCAUCAAAGUUCCAGUUGUUGCCAGUUCCUCACAGUAUUAUCCCAGCUGCCCCUGGAAUAAUCCCAGUCCCUCUCAUCAUGUUCCCAGUGACUCCCAGUUGCCCCCAGUGUAGAUCCACUCACUCCCAAUUGCCUGUUUUUUAUGGACCCCAGAUGCCCAGUGACUUCUAGAGAUGCUCUUGGGCAGAGAGACCUUCAAACUCAACGUGCUCAUCCCUUGUUUUCCCCAAAAUGGGAUUUCUAAUUCCCAAACCUUUGCAGGAUGGAGGAGGAGGCUGUGAGGAAGAGGAAGGUGCCCCAGGACAGCCAGGCAGACAAGGAGCUGAGCAUGGAGACCAGGGAGGACAAAUCCCCACGGCAGAUCCUCGUGGAAGAGGCCGUUUUGAGCGGCUCCACGGUGCAGGAAUCCAACGGGGAGGAAAAGUCCUGGCGAUCCCUGGUGAGAAGAGACUGCAAAAGCAGAUCACGAGGAUCUGAGGAGGAAAGAGCCACCCUGUGCCAGGAAGGCGGCCAGAGAUGGAGCCAGAGCUCAGACCUGGUGGUCUAUGAGCAGCUUCAUGAUGGGGAGAAGCCCCACAAGUGCUUUGGGUGUGCGAAGAGCUUCAGCUGGCGGUGCGACCUGCUUCGCCACCAGAGGAUUCACACAGACGAACGGCCCUACGAGUGUGGGGAAUGUGGGAAGAGCUUCAGGGAGAGCUCCCACCUGAUCAGUCACCAGAGGAUCCACACUGGGGAGAGGCCCUAUGAGUGUGGGGAAUGUGGGAAGAGCUUCAGGCAGAGCUCCAACCUAACACAGCACCACAAGAUCCACACUGGGGAACGGCCCUACGAGUGUGGGGAAUGUGGGAAGAGCUUCAGGAAGAGCUCCAGCCUGAUAGAACACCAGAGGAUCCACACUGGGGAGAGGCCUUACGAGUGUGGGGAAUGUGGGAAGAGGUUCAGCCGCAGCUCCAGCCUGAUCUGCCAUCAGAGGAUCCACACUGGGGAGAGGCCCUACGAGUGUGGGGAAUGUGGGAAGAGGUUCAGAGAGAGCUCCAGCCUAACCAAGCACCACAAGAUCCACGCUGGGGAACGGCCAUACAAGUGUGGGGAAUGUGGGAAGUGCUUCAGGCACCGUAGCCACCUGACUGUACACCAAAGGAUCCACACUGGGGAGAGGCCCUACAAGUGUUCCGAGUGUGGGAUGGGGUUUCUGACCAGCUCCCAGCUCCUUGAACAUCAGCAGACACACACAGAGGAGAGGCCCUUCCAUUGCCCCGACUGUGGGAAGGGCUUCAAGCACAACUCCAACCUCACCAGCCACAGGCGCAUCCACACCGGGGAGAGGCCCCACGAGUGUGAUGUAUGUGGGAAGAGCUUCAUACGGAGCUGUGACCUGAUCCGCCACCAGAGGACCCACACUGGGGAGAAGCCUUAUGAGUGUGAUAAAUGCAGCAAGAGGUUCCGCACGAGCUCCAAGCUCCUCGUGCACCAGCGGAUUCACACAGAGGAGAGGCCCUUCCGCUGUCCUGACUGCAGGAAGGGCUUCACUCAGAACUGCGCCCUUGUCAGACACCAGCGCAUCCACACUGGGGAGAGGCCCCACGAGUGUCCCCAGUGUGGGAAGAGCUUUUCACAGAGGUCUCACAUGACCCAACACCACCUGAGGCACCAGUAAGGGAAGCCCUGUGAGUGCCCUGAGUGCAGGAAGAGCUUUGUGCACUGCUCCAGCUGCGUCCCCCACUGGAGGACCCACGUUGGGCAGAGCCCUGGUCACCCACAUUCCCUGUGAUCCAUGUCGGGAAGACACGUGGCUGGUUAUCCUUUUAUUUUGGCCGGGCCGUAAUUUUUUUCUCCUCUCUCUUAAUUUGCACUCCAGAAGUCAAGAGGGAUCCAUCUGUCACCUCAAAACCACUGAAAUCCCACUGAGAACAACUCAACCUUACCCCAAAAGGGCUCAAUCCCACCCCAGAAUGGCUUGUUCCCACCUCAGAAAAACUCAAUCCCACACCAAAUUUACUCAAUUCCACAGCUGCCAGGGUGAGAUGGGGCUGGAAGGAGAUUGGGAGAAGUGGGAUCCAAAUUUGGAGUGGUGGGAUUGGGAUUGUGCAUGGCUGGGUGGGUAGGAUGUAUUUGAUAGUAAACCACUUCUGUGGUUAUAAUGUGGGGCCAGGUCAUGUCUGUCACCCUCCCUUACAAGGGGGGCUGAGAUCAUCUCCAUUCCUGCUUACCUGGGGGAUGGGCUGGAGGUGCUCUCCACGGAGGGGAGUUUCUGGUGGGGGCUCUGCAACCAUCAUUGCCAGGUGGAAAGAGAGGAGAGGAGAGGA